GAUUUUCGACGUACUUUCACGGCGGUAUUCUCAUGGUUUGCUUUUUGUAUCGAUUCAAAAGCCUUACCGGCCCGUAUCGUACUUGGGGUGAACUCGCUCAUGUCUCUCACUUUUCAGUUUGGUAACAUCAUACGUUCACUGCCACCAGUUUCCUACAUCAAAGCAAUCGACAUCUGGAUGUUCACAUGUGUUGCUUUCAUUUUCGCAUCACUUCUUGAACUCGCAUUCGUCGCCUAUCAGGACAAAAAAUUGCUACUGAAGUCAAGUCGAUCUGGGAAUACAACGAAUGCUAUGCUGGCCUUGAUGAAGAACAUUGUGCCAUUCGUCGACGGACAAGAAGAGCCAAUUCCUGAACGAUGGAUAGAACGGCGAAGAACUGACGACGCCUUAUCUAUAAAUUCUGACAAGAUUUCUUCUGAAGCAAACUCGCUUGAACGGGAAAUCGCGGCUAGACGGCGACUGAACUAUUUGAAGAAGAAACGACGGCUCCUCGAUUUUCGGCAAUCAAGUCGAUCGGAUCUCAUUUUUUGCCUUCCCCACGGUAGUUUUCACCCUUCAGUUUCCAGUUCCAGUGAAAGUGAAAUCUUAACCACCACUAUACAAUCUCUUCUUCUUCAGUUUGGUAACAUCAUACGUUCACUGCCACCAGUUUCCUACAUCAAAGCAAUCGACAUCUGGAUGUUCACAUGUGUUGCUUUCAUUUUCGCAUCACUUCUUGAACUCGCAUUCGUCGCCUAUCAGGACAAAAAAUUGCUACUGAAGUCAAGUCGAUCUGGGAAUACAACGAAUGCUAUGCUGGCCUUGAUGAAGAACAUUGUGCCAUUCGUCGACGGACAAGAAGAGCCAAUCCCUGAACGAUGGAUAGAACGGCGAAGAACUGAC